AUGGCAGUUGUUUCAUUAGAUGCAGUCGAAUCGACACUAAUUACACCGGCAGAAUUACACUUCAUGUUGAAUACAUCAUCCGAGCGGAGAAGUCGCGUCGUCUGCAUUGCAGCCGGAAAAGAUGACGCGGCGGCGUCUUUUGAGCGUAGCCACCUCCCCAACUCUGUAGACACCACUUCUCACUACCCAGUCAUGCUGCCAACGAGCCAAGUUUUCGCGGCGGCCAUGAAACGCCUGGACAUUCGCGCCGACGACACUCUCAUCGUCUACGACACGGCCGAUGCAGGCAUCUACUGCGCUCCCCGCGUGGCUUUUACACUGACACACUUUGGCUUCCCGCACGUUUACAUUCUAAACAGCUUCCGACAGUAUGUGGCGGACGGCUAUCCACAGAGCUCCGCCCCAUUUCCGCCCCCAGCAAAGCCCGACGACGACGACGCCACCACCACCACCCUCUUUCCCUUUUAUUACCGCGUCGCCGACGACUCCACAAGCAUCAUUGGCUUUCAAGAGCUCCGCGACCUAAUAAUCUCCUCGGGCAGCAGCGGCGGCCAUCGGUCCUACCAGAUCCUGGACUCGAGAGCCCCAGACUGCUUCUUCUUCUCGGGCAGCGGGGCCGCUGGCGUCGGCGAGGGCCACAUGCCCGGGGCGCUCAACGUCUCCGUGACUCGCCUGCUCGACGCCAACAAGAACCUGCUUCCCGGUCCGGAACUCAGAGACGUGCUGACCGCGGCUGGCGUGGUCGAGGGUAAGCUCACCAUUUUAACGUGCAACACGGGCGUGACUGCAUCGAUUCUGUGGCUGGCGCUCCGGGUCAGCGGGUACGCAGUCGUCAAGACGAGGCUCUAUGACGGAAGCUGGUCAGAAUGGAAAGACAGGGCUGCACAUCAGGGGCUGAUUGUGAGUGAUGAAAACGCAAACUAG